UCGGUGGUCUCUUCCCGCCAAAACUCUCCUACCUCUUGCUUCAUUUGGCGCCAAAUAUCGAAGUCCUCGACUUAGUUUCUCUCCGUCGCCACUUCGCUCUGUUUCAGCGACCUCGUGCUCACAGGAAAGCAAAAUGAUGAAAGACCUUGAUUUCGACAGGGACAAAGAUAUCGCGAGAGAUUUUCUUUCUAACUUUGCCGACGCUGAUGGAGAAGCCAAGUACAUGAAAGUUCUCCAAGAUGUUGCAAAUCAUAAAACGAAGGCUGUCCAGAUUGAUCUCGAAGACCUUGUUAAUUACAAGGACUUGGAUGAAGAAUUUCUCCGACGGGUAACUGAAAAUACCCGCCGUUACCUUGGUAUUUUCGCCAAUGCAAUUGAUGAACUCAUGCCAGAACCCACCGAGGCUUUUCCAGACGACGACCAUGAUAUAUUGAUGACACAGAGGUCUCUGGAUGGAACAGAGAACACGGAUCGUUCAGACCCGCUUCAGAAGAUGCCGCUGGAAAUUAAACGAUUCUAUGAGGUUUAUAUUAGGGCAUCUUCAAAGGGACGGCCAUUUACGAUUCGGGAAGUUAAGGCUUCUUAUAUUGGCCAGCUCGUGAGGAUCUCUGGCAUUGUCACGCGCUGUGCAGAUGUGAAGCCUUUGAUGCAGGUAGCUGUAUAUACCUGCGAAGAAUGCGGUUUUGAAAUUUACCAGGAGGUAACUGCUAGAGUAUUCAUGCCUCUGUUUGAGUGCCCGUCUAGUAGAUGUAAGACAAACAACACAAAAGGCAAUCUCAUCCUUCAACUCAGGGCAUCAAAGUUCUUGAAGUUUCAGGAGGCUAAGAUACAAGAGCUGGCUGAACAUGUUCCAAAAGGUCAUAUUCCUCGGACAAUGACUGUUCAUUUUAGGGGAGAACUUACAAGAAAGGUAGCUCCCGGUGAUGUUGUUGAGUUGUCAGGGAUUUUUCUUCCUAUUCCUUACACUGGAUUUAGAGCGAUGCGAGCAGGUUUAGUUGCAGAUACAUAUUUGGAGGCCAUGUCUGUCUUCCAUUUCAAGAAAAAAUAUGAGGAGUAUGAACUUAGGGGAGAUGAGGAAGAACAAAUAGCUCGUUUAGCCGAGGAUGGUGAUAUCUAUAACAAACUGUCACGAUCAUUGGCUCCAGAAAUUUUUGGCCACGAAGAUAUUAAAAAGGCUCUUCUUCUUCUUCUUGUGGGCGCUCCCAAUCGGAAUCUCAAAGAUGGGAUGAAGAUUAGGGGAGACAUACAUAUAUGUUUAAUGGGUGAUCCUGGUGUUGCAAAAAGUCAGCUUCUGAAGCACAUAGUAAAUGUUGCACCAAGAGGAGUGUAUACUACGGGCAAAGGAAGCAGUGGGGUUGGUCUAACUGCGGCUGUUCAGAAAGAUCCAGUGACAAAUGAGAUGGUCCUGGAAGGGGGAGCUUUGGUGUUAGCAGAUAUGGGAAUUUGUGCUAUUGAUGAAUUUGACAAGAUGGAUGAAUUAGAUCGUACAGCAAUACACGAAGUAAUGGAGCAACAAACUGUUAGCAUAGCAAAGGCUGGGAUCACAACAUCUUUAAAUGCAAGAGCUGCAGUUCUUGCUGCUGCAAAUCCGGCAUGGGGAAGAUAUGACAUGCGAAGAACUCCAGCUGAGAAUAUUAAUCUACCUCCAGCUCUUUUAUCAAGAUUUGAUCUUCUGUGGCUGAUCUUAGAUCGAGCAGAUAUGGAUAAUGAUCUUGAAUUGGCCAGGCAUGUUGUAUAUGUACACCAGAAUAAAGAAUCUCCAGCUCUUGGGUUCACUCCUCUUGAGCCAUCUGUUCUUAGGGCAUAUAUUUCAGCUGCUAGAAAAUUGACUCCUUGUGUCCCAAGAGAGCUCGAAGAGUAUAUUGCUAGUGCAUACUCCAGCAUCCGGCAAGAGGAAGCAAAAUCUAACGCUCCUCAUUCCUAUACAACUGUUAGGACGCUGCUCAGUAUUCUUCGGAUAGCAGCUGCACUGGCAAGACUCCGGUUCUCAGCUACUGUUGCACAGAGUGAUGUGGAUGAGGCACUCAGAUUAAUGCAGAUGUCCAAGUUUUCAUUAUACUCAGAGGAUCGCCAAAGAUCUGGUUUGGAUGCGAUUUCAGAUAUCUAUUCAAUUUUGCGGGAUGAAGCUUCAAGGACUAACAGGAUGGAUUUAAGCUAUGCACAUGCGCUUAACUGGAUUUCUCGGAAGGGAUACAGUGAAGCGCAGUUGAAAGAGUGCUUAGAGGAAUAUGCAGCCCUAAAUGUGUGGCAAAUCCAUCCAAACACCUUCGACAUCCGCUUCAUUGAUGUCUAGCUAGUAACUAGUUUUUGUUCAAGACCAAAUUAUCUAGUGUAUUAUUGUGCAGAUGUGGGACACAAAAAAUUAUUAAGCGCAAGUUUUCUCAAAGUAGUUGUGUUUGAACUUGAGUAGCUUUCUAACAUCU